AUGAUCACCUUGGAAGAUCAUCCGAACGACCUAUUCGCUACGCCCGGGCACGCCUCAAUUUCGUCGAUUGGCGAGCGGAAGGAUUCGACCGCCUCGGGUCCUCACAGCGCUACUUAUGCCAUGGUUGAUCCUUCGCAGCAGAAUAGACGACGUAGCAUAGAUGCGUCUGAUGAUGGGAGCCAGGAAAGCGUCCAUGUCGGCACUAAUUCUUUGGAAGACAACAUGUCGGAUGAGUUUGGAUUAGCGACAGGCGGGCCUGGCGACGGUACCGAUUUAGGAGGAAAGCUCAAGGAAAAUAAAUCUGAUCCUGCACCGGCCUGGAGUGAACUAAAGACCAAAGCGGGAAAGGAAAGAAAAAGACUACCCCUGGCAUGUAUUGCCUGUCGGAGGAAAAAGAUACGUUGUUCGGGAGAGAAACCGGCUUGUAAGCAUUGUCUUCGGUCCCGAAUCCCUUGCGUAUACAAAGUUACUACGCGGAAGGCAGCCCCGAGGACGGACUACAUGGCUAUGCUAGACAAGCGAUUAAAGAGGAUGGAGGACCGGAUUAUCAAGCUUGUACCUAAAUCAGAGCAGGAUGCCUCGGUCACCAACGUUGUCCGGGGCGUGGUAAAACCUGCCAUUCCCGGAACCCUUACUACAGGGAAGCAAACAGCAAAGAAACGAGGAGCAGACGAGGCAUUCGGCUCGGAACUGGAUCAUUGGGCUAGGAAUGGCCCCAAAGCUAGGCUAGAGGGUUCCGGUAAGCCCACUUCACUGCAAGUACAAGAAGCCGAGGAGAGUAAAUUGCUAUAUGAAGGCGCCGAGGCGUUACCACCAAAAGAUCUACAAGAACAUCUGGCAGAUGUCUACUUUGAAAAUAUCUAUGGCCAGGCCUACCAUCUACUUCACAAACCGAGUUUCAUGAGGAAGCUUAAAGCUGGCACAUUACCCCCAGUUCUAGUGCUCUCCGUUUGCGCAAUUUCUGCUCGCUUUUCUACCCAUCCGAAGUUCGCGAUGACGAACAAUUUUCUUCGGGGAGAAGAAUGGGCGGCCCCGGCUCGGGAUAUUGUGACGAGGCAUUAUGAAUGGCCUAAUAUCACGAUUCUUACAUGCCUCCUGCUUCUCGGCUUGCACGAAUUCGGUACAUGCCAUGGAGGGAGGAGUUGGGCGCUAGGCGGCCAGGCUACGAGAAUGGCUUUUGCAUUGCAGCUGCAUAAGGACUUAGAGUACGAUCCAAUGCGCCUUAAUCAGGCGAAGCAGCUUAGUUUUAUCGAUCGCGAGAUUCGAAGACGAACAAUGUGGGCUUGUUUCUUGAUGGAUCGCUUCAACUCUUCCGGAACGGACCGCCCUAUGUUCAUAAAAGAAGAGACGGUUAAGAUUCAACUACCGAUCAAAGAGAAACUAUUCCAGCUCGAUAUGCCAGGGCCUACCGAAGAUCUUCAGGGCCAGGUUCCUCAUCCGGUUCCGACGGAUGAGGGACAGCUCUCCGACGCGAAGGAUAACAUGGGCGUAGCAGCGUACAUGGUUCGCGCAAUCGCCCUGUGGGGAAGAAUAAUAAGCUUCUUGAACCAAGGAGGGAUGGAAUCGGAUAAGCGUUCGAUAUGGGAGAGUGACUCCGAGUAUGCUGUGCUGCUUAAACAGGCAGAAGACUUUGCCGAAAAGCUACCGGAUGGGCUGAAAUACAGUGCUGAGAACCUCCACUUACACCAAACAGAAGGGAUGGCCAAUCAAUUUUUAUUUUUACAUAUCUCCAUCCAGCAGAAUGUCCUAUUCAUGAACCGAUUCGCCGUGUCUUCGCCAGCUGGUUUAUCGAAAGUAGACGUCCCCAAUACUUUCAUCACACAGGCAGGAUCAAAAGCGUUUGCUGCUGCGAAUAGAAUGUCUGAGCUACUAAAAGAUGCUGAGCACUAUAUGAUCGCGGCACCUUUUGUGGGUUACUGUGCAUUCCUGUCGAGCACCGUUCAUAUAUUCGGCAUUUUCUCUGGCAACUCUACCGUGGAGACAGCCGCAAAGAAGAACCUAGCUAUCAAUGUGAAGUUCCUCUCGAAGAUGAAGCGCUAUUGGGGAAUGUUCCACUUCAUGGCAGAAAACCUCCGCGAGCAAUAUAAGACAUGUGCUGAUGCUGCACGCCAAGGUACUCCAGCAGGCGAUAACUCGGCAUCCUCGCCUAUAUUUCAAUAUGGAGACUGGUUUGAUCGAUACCCGCAUGGCGUAUCUCAGCCAGAAUUUGUCGAACCGGCUUCUUUCAAAAAGAAGGAGACGGGCGAGGAUGCCGUGCUCGAGCAGAAGUCUGAACUUCACACCGUUGAAGAAUUCUUCACCCAGCUCUCACCACCGCCAAGCACAGGUGAGGGACGUGAGAACAACGGAUCCACCAGGCCGCCCUUAAUGAAACGGAAGUCGGUAGCAAAGAAAGGCAGCAUCUCUUCGCGUAGCGAACAGCAACAGCUCGAACCCCUUCUUACCGAUCUCAACGGCGCUAGUAUACCCGAACAGAUCCAGCGCAUACAACACGCGCAACAACAGAGAGCCCAGGCACAACGUAACUAUUCUCGUUUAGGCGGGCAAACCAGUGGGCCGACCUCCUUCAACCCCAACUUCGCACACGCACGCUUACAAAAUGCAGCAGCGAACUAUCAUGCGCUGUCGCCCAUUAGCCCUGUCGCUAUGGGCGGAUUCCGGCAUGGACAUGGGCAUCAACACACCGCUUUCUAUAACCAGGAUCUACUUUCGCUGUCCCUUUCAAGCAACGCUGCAGGCAUACUCCCACAGCUGGACCGCCAGCUUGUCUUCAACGCGUAUGGUCAAUUAGACCCUUCAGCAAUCAGCGGACCUGAGGCUAUCAUGGACUGGGACGCGUUGGCUGGUAACGGAAGUAGCUCAAAUAGAGGACAUAAUGCAAAUGGAUCUCACGCUGGCUCUGGUGAUGGUUCGAGUAACCAUCAUGAAGGUUUGCCCGGUGGAUUCGUUGCCGACCAAUCUUCUGCAUGGUUCAUUCCAUUCAACAUGGAGCCGCCAGAACUGAGCCAAGAUUUGGGUGGCUUAGGCGGCGUUGAUGGAUUUGGACUUUUCAGCCCUGGGGUACACACUCCUGGUGCCGGAUUAGGCCUCCGGAGAGGAGGUCGAUAA